GGCAAUCACACCACUCCAAUGAGGGCGUUGGUGACAGGAGGGUCUGGCUUGGUGGGCAGGGCCAUACAGCAUGUGGUCAAAGAGGAGAGGGGAGCCAAGGAUGGGGAAGAAUGGAUAUUCCUCUCCUCGAAAGAUGCCAACCUCAUGAACAUGGAGGAGACACGGGCAGUGUUUGAGAAACAUCGGCCAACUCAUGUCAUCCAUCUGGCUGCUAUGGUUGGAGGGCUUUUCAAGAAUAUGAAGUACAACCUGGAUUUUUGGAGGAACAAUAUCUACAUCAAUGACAACGUGCUGCAGGCAGCACAUGAAGUGGGUGCCGUGAAGGUGGUGUCAUGCCUGUCCACCUGCAUCUUUCCAGAUAAGACCACCUAUCCUAUCGACGGGACCAUGAUCCAUAAUGGUCCACCUCAUGAGUCAAACUUUGGCUAUGCCUACGCAAAGAGAAUGAUUGAUGUUCACAACAGGGCGUAUCUCCAGCAGCACGGGCGCUGUUAUACAGCUGUGAUUCCCACCAAUGUGUUUGGUCCUCAUGACAACUUCAGCAUUGAGGAUGGUCACGUGCUGCCAGGCCUCAUCCACAAAGCUUACAUCGCUCAAAGUAAGUCACAUUCUCAUACGUGGUGGGUAAGUAGCAAGGCACCAAACAAAUCCAAUUCAUUUUCACGAAGGAAAUUGAAUCAUUAUUAUUAUUUUAAAUGUUUAAAUUGCAUUUUUACCAUUUAUGAAUGACAUUGACUGAAGACA